UUUACCCUUCCAGAUAAGCGUUUGUAUUGCAUUUUAAUAUUCAAAUCAUUUCUGUGUGAAGCAAAACACAGAUCAUGCGCAUGCGCGGACUCUAUUGCCUGCGACGGCUGUCGCGAGGCAUACAAUUUCCACUAGCAGUCUGACACUGUUUCGAGUGACUCGCGACGUCACGAGGCGCCUCGCGUCAUGCGCUCCCUAGCUGUGCGCCGGCCCAUUGAAACGCAAGUAGAAGUAGGUGUCCGACAAAUUUGUGGAGUCAAAAUGACUCGCGACGCUUGUCUCAGACAGAAUGCUCCUCCAGUGUGCGCCCAGCCUAAUUCGUACAAGAGCGAUGAUACUGUCUCUACUGAACAUCCUGCAGUCUGAACUACACAUGGUUCCAGCUGCCAUCCUGCUGAUCCUAAUACUUCCCCUCUCCUCAAACCAAAGGGUGCGCUACUAUGGCUGCUUCAUCGUUUAUAUCUUCAUUGUGUCUGCCGCAGCUCUAGUGCUGCUGCCAAUCUUCUUGCUUAGGCCGAAAAAUGUCAGAAAUUGUGUACUGACCGGAUACCUGCUGAGGCACAUAUCCAAGCUGGUAGGUAUCCAGUGGGAACUAAGAAGAAGGGAUAUUCUGGAGGUGGAGAGAGGAGCUGUUAUUGUCGCCAACCAUCAAUCUAUGUUUGACAUUUUAGGUAUGUUUGACUUCUGGGAUGUGAUGGGUAAGUGCGCUGCAGUGGCCAGGAAAGAAGUGUUCUACGUCUGGCCGUUUGGCCUGGCAGCCUGGGCAGCUGGAGUCGUGUUCAUCGACAGGAAACGUGGCCGAGUGGCCAACCAUCAGCUGGACGAGGCCUCUAGUCUCAUUAAACUACAUAAGACCAAGCUGUGGUUGUUCCCGGAAGGCACCAGGAACAGAAAGGGAGACACAUUGUUGCCAUUCAAGAGGGGAGCCUUCCGGGUCGCCGUUGCCUGCCAAGUUCCUAUCAUUCCUGUUGUUUAUUCGCCGUAUUAUUUCAUGAACGCAGAAAAGAAAUAUUUUGGACAUGGCCGAGUAAUUGUCCAUGUGCUUGAUCCCAUAUCGACGGAAGGGAAAACAGAAAAUGACAUUGACGCGUUAAUGGAAGAGUCUAGGGAGUUGAUGGUGAAGCAAUACGAGGUAUUGAAGCAAGAAGUUCUCACACUUCCCAAUCCGGAGAAUGGGAAAAUACAGUGAUCUACACGCUAUACGCCGUCAAUAACAAAACACAAGAGUGACUGUGCUGAACAUAAAAACACAAUUUGGUUGUUACUAGGCUGAUCCUUGAAUUGCCAUAAACAGUGGUUGUUAAUUUUGUGAACAGUGUAAAUGUUACUAUUAAUAUUUUUAAUAACAUUUGUAUAUAUUAAAUUAAUGUAGUUUAUAUGAGUGUAAUUAGAUUUUGCCCAGAUAUUUUAAACAGUGUAAUGUUAAUGCGAAUGUACAUUUAACAUAAUUACAACGGCUGCUAUCUAUAGCAAAUGAAUUAAAAAUAAAUUAUUAAUUUAU